UAAAAUAUAGCUGUGCUCUAAAACUCAUCUUUUGUUUAUUUUCUUUAACAUUUCUUUGGUAGCUGCUGUAAAAUUUGAAGUGUUUGCUUCUCCCGCCUCCUUGGUGACCGCAAUUCGCAAUCAGCAUGUGUAACCGGGACUGCUGCGAGGCCAGGUCUCCGAUUGCCAAGCGAAUGGCGGCCCGGCGGCUCUUGCAACUGGAGGAGGAGGAGCGCCGGAAGCCCAAGCUGGUAAUCCCGACGCCACAGAGCCUUUUCUAUCCCUUCGAGGAAGUCGAGGCCAUGGCCAACUACAUCAUCGACGUCAGUCACAUCCGUCCGAAGUACGGCUUGAUUUGCGGUAGCUUCUUGGGCUUGUUAAUCUCCCUGGUGGAGGAGCCCGUGGUCAUUCCCUACGAGGACAUCCCCAACUUCCCAGCCGGCCUGGAACCGGACUGCAACUUUGUGGUGGGCACUGUGAUGGGUGCCCCCAUCAUGGCGAUUGCCAAUCGGUUCCACGUCUGCGAUGGCUACAAUCUGGCCACCUGUUCGCUGCCCGUUCGCGUGAUGCAGUUGUGCGGGGUCAAGACCAUCAUGCUGACCUCCGAGGCAGCCGCUGUCAAUGUGGACUUCGCCCUGGGCGACAUAAUGCUGAUCGCCGACCACAUCAACAUAGUGGGCAUGAUGCACCAGACAUCGCUGGAGGGUCCCAGUGAUCCGCGCUUCGGCAGCCGAUUCUUCUCGAUGGUCAAUGCCUACGAUAAGGGUCUGUUGGCAAAGGCCCUCGAGAUUGGCAAGCGGAUGGGCAUCCAUCAGUUCCUGCACCAAGGGGUUUUCGCCUGCCUGGGAGGUCCUGUGCUCGAGACCCUGGCCGAGGAACGAAUGCUGCGGACGAUGCAAGUGGAGGCAGUGGGAUUGUCCCUGGUGCCCGAGGUCAUAGCCGCCCAUCAUGGUGGGCUGAAAGUUCUCGCCUUUGUGAUUAUCAGUUCGGUGGCAAACGAAAGGGAAAGCGAGGAAAAGGAAAAGCAAAAUGACAGGGAUAUGGAGGGCAGAGUGGAAAAGGACGAGGCACCCGAAUCCUUGGAGGUAUCACCGCUAAGGCUGCAGGCCUGUUCCGAUUUGAUCGGUCGAAUGCUCUACUCUAUGCACCAUGAGCUCUGACGUUCGAAAAUAGAUUUCUUGAAGCCCCCGCCUGA